GUUCGUUUAGCGGCGGGCCACCGGUGCGGAUACUUGACUUGGUCCAGAGCUGCCAACUGAAUGUGUGAGGUGCCAGUGACGACGAGGACGACUGCGAGUGCGAGUAUCGGCAAUCGGGCUGUGUUAUUUACCAGGCAAGCGGCAGUCCUACCGCAGAUCAAAAGUUUCGAAACAUCCAAAAGUGUCAAGCAAAGACGGCUCAAACAGAAAUUAAAAAAAUUAAAAAUAGAUAUAUGAAACUCAGUCAAAGCUCAUGUGUGCGCGUGCAUGUGUAAUUAAUUUUUGGCAUUUAAAUUGGCCGACAUCGGGGCUUUAAAUCAAUUUGACAAAUUUGCAUUUUUCUGCCAAAUGCCCAUAAACAAUUCAUCAAAAAGCGAGCACGCAAACGAAAACAAACAACAGAUAUUGUUUACAAUUGCCUAAAAGGGCAAGAGACAACCAAAUAAAAUAGUUUGCAAAUUCAUUCCAUGACAAGUGUCUAAAACAAUAAGCACAAAACGUUUUAAAACUCCCCCUCCCUGUCUAUCUCAAAAUACAAACAAUACACGGCAACAGCAGCAACAACACGGCGGCAAUAUCAACAUCGUCAGCUGCAGCAGGUUCAGUCAGUCGGUCAUCAACGAAAACAACAAUGCAGGCAACAACUAUGUUCUAUGGCUAAUACAAAAGCUACAAACAACAAAUCGCCAACAACAACUAAGCCAAAAGUUCGCCAAAGCAUUUGAUGCUAAAAAAACAACAAGAAAACCUACCAGCAGCAGCCACAUCAACAUCGGCAACACUUUUACGAGUUGCAAACUACCUUGUACAACGAAUUUGUAUUAUUGCACAAGACCUGAGGCGGCACAACACCAGGAUACCAAUCGGGCUACUCAUCCGGAAUCAUUCUAGUCCGAGUAUGCGAUGGCAGCGGGAAGAGCAGCCGCGACGCUGGAGGCUCCGGGUCCGCCCAGCGGUCAGGACAUAGCCAGCGACAACAGCGCCCAGCGCCGCACGCUGGCGACGAAGGUGCGUCGAAAAGGGCCACGCCCCCAGCGGCGCCUGCACCCGCCCCUGCGCCCCCGCCUACCGCUCCAUUUGCACCUGCUACUGUGGCUGCUGUGCUGCUGUUCCCAGCUGGGCCAGCUGAGGGCCGAGUGCCCAGCGGUGUGCGAGUGCAAAUGGAAGAGCGGUAAGGAGUCCGUCUUGUGCCUUAACGCCAACCUAACCCACAUCCCGCAGCCGCUGGACGCGGGAACCCAACUGCUGGACCUUAGCGGAAACGAGAUCCAAGUAGUACCCGACGAUAGCUUCGCGGCGGCCCAGUUGCUCAACCUGCAGAAGGUGUACCUGGCCAGGUGCCACCUCCGACUGAUCGAGCGCCAUGCCUUCCGUAAGCUGAUCAACCUGGUGGAGCUGGAUCUAAGCCAGAACCUGCUCUCGGCCAUACCCUCGUUGGCCCUCUACCACGUCUCAGAGCUAAGGGAGCUCCGACUGAGUGGCAACCCAAUACUGAGGGUGCCGGACGAUGCAUUUGGUCAUGUCCCACAACUGGUGAAGCUGGAGCUGAGCGACUGCCGCCUGUCGCACAUUGCUGUGCGAGCAUUUGCCGGGCUCGAGAGCAGUCUGGAGUGGCUGAAACUGGACGGCAAUCGGUUGAGCGAGGUUAGGAGUGGCACCAUCACCUCGCUGGCUUCACUGCAUGGCCUGGAGUUGGCCCGCAAUGCCUGGAAUUGCAGCUGCUCCUUGCGUCCUUUGAGGGCCUGGAUGCUGCAACAGAAUAUACCGAGUGGCAUACCGCCAACAUGUGAGUCUCCUCCAAGGUUGUCCGGGAGGGCUUGGGAUAAGCUCGAUGUAGACGACUUUGCUUGUGUUCCACAAAUUGUUGCCACGGACACCACAGCCCACGGAGUGGAGGGCAGAAACAUAACCAUGAGCUGUUACGUGGAAGGAGUACCCCAACCGGCUGUCAAGUGGCUGCUUAAAAACCGACUGAUAGCCAAUCUUAGUGCUGGCGGCGAUGGUGACUCCGAUUCGGAGCCCAGAACAGCGGCAGCUACUCAGGGGAGGAAGACCUAUGUGGUAAACAUGCUGAGGAAUGCCUCGAACCUGACCAUUCUCACGGCUGACAUGCAGGAUGCCGGGAUAUAUACGUGUGCGGCGGAAAAUAAGGCUGGAAAAGUGGAGGCCAGUGUGACUCUGGCUGUAUCCCGAAGACCCCCGGAAGCUCCCUGGGGCGUAAGAAUUAUCCUGCUGGGGGCUGUAGCCGCCCUGCUCCUCGUGGGUGGAUCCUCCUUUGCGGCCAUUUGCUUGUGUUCCUUGCAAAGACGAAGAAAGCUGCGGCUCUGGAACUCUGUACCUCCGGUGAGGCGAAGUGAGAGCUAUGAGAAGAUCGAGAUGACGGCCAGGACGAGACCGGAUCUGGGGGGAGGGGCUAGUUGCGGAGGCGGCAGUGCCACUGGGGCCGGACUCUUUCAUGAGACCGAGGAGCAGGGCUAUCUGCGGGCAACUCAUACGCCACUAAAUGGCAACGAUGCCGGGCAGGCGGCUGCCAUCGUAAAUCCGAGUGCAGGAAGUGUACAGCGGAGAAAUGGGGACUACCUGCACGUGUCCACCCACUGCGAUGACGAGGAGGAGGAGCAACAGCUGCACCACCACCCACAGCAACAACCCGCUAGCCAGCACCACCCCCAUCCCAAUCAGCAGCAGCAGCAUCAGCAGAGGAAGGGCUCCCAGGGCCAUGUUGUCUCCGCAUCCGGGGCGAAUAAUUCAGCACCGCUGGAGGAAACGGAUCUGCACAUACCGCGCCUCAUCGACAUCGGCGGCACCGAUUCCGCAUCGAGUUCGAUCUCCAGCCAAGUAGACGCUGCUGCCCGCUUAGCGGGCUAUGCCGGACACACCUGGAAGACCACACCCAUUGCCACCACCAAGAUCAAUUCCCCGCACAGCAAACCGGUGACCUCGGCGGCACCGUCGUCUCUGAAUACACAGGCCACGCCAUACGCCCACUAUGGAAACCACCCGGCAGACGAAAUCGCCACCUCGGUGUUCUGUAGCGAGGGGCAGGAGAGCGACCUGUUCGAUAGCAACUAUCCGGAUCUGCUGGAUAUAGCCAAGUAUGCGGUGGCGCAGGCGCAGCAGGAAAGUCGGGGUCAGGGGUAUGCCCAAGCCACGCCCACUCCGAAUGGGGGCUUGUGCACUCUCCCCCGGAAACUAAAGACCAGUGGAAAGUACUUCCGCAACUCCUCGGAUAGUCAAUCACCCCUGCUGGCGGAUAACUCCAGUAAAUAUGGUAGUAGCACUCUGGGCGAUGGAAGCUUCCUGAACGAAGCGAUGGGUCUGGGCAGAAGGUAUUCUGCGGAAUCGAGUUAUGCCAACUAUUCGAGCACGGCCACCUACACGGGCGGCGGCCAGCGGGCCAAUAGUUUCCUUAACCUGGUGCAAAGUGGCGCCCAUAAGGGCAAUCUGCCAGGUCCGCUGCCGGGUCACCUGGGGCAGAAGCCCAGUCUGCCCUCGAGUCCGGUGCAGCAUCAGCGAUCUCUGUCGAGUGCGGCCACGCCCCUUUUGGACUUCUCAGCCCUAGCGUCAAGGGCCGCCGGAGCGGCUAACUCAUCAGUGGCCGCCUAUGAUUAUCAUGCCGCGCAGCUGGAGAGAUUUCUGGAAGAGUACCGUAACCUGCAGGAUCAGCUGUGCAAAAUGAAGGAGACCUGCGAUACAAUCCGAAAAAAGGAGACUCCUUUGCGAGUGGCCAUUGGUCAGUCGGCUGCGCAGUUAGCGGACCCCGUGAUGUACAGUGCAGCCUCGCACAGUCCAAAGCCGCCGGCGACCAGCAAUCUGAAGACAAAGACCCUACUCCCAGGACAACCACCCGAUCCACCGCCCUACUGGUUACACCGAAACGCCAUGCUGAAGCGGUUGAAUGGAGACGGCAGUGGUGGUGCUAAUGGCUCAGGUGGAUCUCCGGCCUCUCCACAGCCGGGUCAGGAUAUUUUCAAGAGCUAAUCGCAAUCGUGUACAGCCGAUGGAUUAAGUGAUAGGACAGGAGAAGACUUCGAAACACUUUGGUCCGCCAAAGAGGGCAUGAGCUUGCAGGAAUCUCAGAGUCUCUUGUCAAUAUUUAGAAGCUUAUAAUUUAAUGCAUAUAUUUUAUAUACUUUAUAUACAUUCUUAAUGCUAGUUAAAGUCUUAUAAAUUGUUUAAAUUGCAGCUCAACAAAAGAAAACAGAGAUAAAAGAAAUUCAUUUUUACUAUUUUUACUCUUAUUAAAAGUAAAACAUUAACAUUUACUCAUGAGUUGACGGUAUCCAUGUUACCUUCAGCCUAUAAUUGGUUUUGUAAAUUAUCACUUUUUCAACAACGAAAUACACAUUUUCCCUGCAAGCUCCUCCCGGUCGACUUUAAUGCAUUUGUCUGCAUAGUUAGCUAGAUAGCUAGAGGACAUUGAACUGGUUCGAUACCCAGCCCCUCUGUUGUAUUAUAGAAACACUUUUCCACUCUUUAUACUCGCUACUAUGCAAUAUUAAAUACGAUUCGGAGAAGCCGGAGGUCGGACAACAUAAGAUAUUGUAAGUGUAUAGACAGCAAUCCCUUAGAAAAAAAUACUUUCACGAAAACACCUAUUGAAUAUUGAAUCCUUAAUCCUAGAACCCCAAAAUAAAACUCUCGUGUUAGUCUAACUACAAGUGUUUUUGUACUUUAAGCGAUCUCAAUAUAAACAAGGAUAAUAUAGAUGACCUAAAUUAUCAUAAGUAUGAGUUGGCACAGACUGCAGAUCGAUAGAUUGACAUAUUGUUUGAUUGUUAGAUGUUUGUUUUUCAGUUUCGCAGUUCAGGUCACAAAUUGUUCGCCAAUUAGAUCCAAACUCUAAAUUGUAAUUUAAAACGAUGAAAACAAAAACCGAAACGUAUUUUAGGGUGUCACUAAACUAAAACUCGAAAGCAUUUCACCCAAACAACAAGAGAACGCAAAAAUAAAAUUAG